CUCCUCUCUUUGCUCCCUCCCACUUCAUUCACUUGCAAAUCAGUGUGUGCCCACAAGAGCCAGCUCUCUGGAGCCCGUAACCUUCCCAUCCCGGGAGCUGCAGUUCCAGCCGCGGCGGCAGCGAGGACCACAGAACCGGGAGAGCGGCUGAGGCCAGAGCAGCCCGGGGCGCAGCGCAAAGGGCUCCCGGGGACCGCAGGACCCGAGCCGCCGAGCUAUCCUCUAAGAGCCAAGCAAAGAACAUAGAGGAAGAACUGGAGGAAUGAGGCUGGAUACGCUGCGGUGAGAGAGGCGCUUCCAGGAAGAGGGGAACCCGCUGCCGGAGACUGGACCUCAGAGCCACCAGCAUGAGAACUUACCCGUACUUCUUGCUACUCUUCUGGGUCGGCCAGCCCUACUCAACUUUCUCCACCCCAUUAUCUAAGAGGACUAGUGGUUUCCCAGCCAAGAAGCGAGCCCUGGAGCUCUCUGGAAACAGCAAAACGGAGCUGAACCGCUCAAAAAGGAGCUGGAUGUGGAAUCAGUUCUUUCUCCUGGAGGAAUACACAGGAUCCGAUUAUCAGUAUGUGGGCAAGUUACAUUCAGACCAGGAUAGAGGAGAUGGAUCACUUAAAUAUAUCCUUUCAGGAGAUGGAGCAGGAGAUCUCUUCAUUAUCAAUGAAAACACAGGCGACAUACAAGCCACCAAGAGGCUGGACAGGGAAGAAAAACCCGUUUACAUCCUUCGAGCUCAAGCUGUCAACAGAAAGACAGGGAGACCCGUGGAGCCUGAAUCCGAGUUCAUCAUCAAGAUCCAUGACAUCAAUGACAAUGAGCCAAUAUUCACUAAGGAGGUUUACACGGCCACUGUCCCGGAGAUGGCCGAUGUCGGCACUUUCGUUGUUCAAGUCACCGCAACCGAUGCUGAUGACCCUACAUAUGGGAACAGUGCUAAAGUUGUCUAUAGUAUCCUACAGGGACAGCCCUAUUUCUCAGUUGAAUCAGAAACAGGUAUCAUCAAGACAGCUUUGCUCAACAUGGAUCGAGAAAACAGAGAGCAGUACCAAGUGGUGAUCCAAGCCAAGGACAUGGGCGGCCAGAUGGGAGGACUGUCAGGGACCACUGCCGUGAACAUCACGCUGACGGAUGUUAAUGACAACCCUCCCCGAUUCCCUCAGAGUACAUACCAGUUUAAAACCCCCGAGUCUGCUCCACCGGGUACACCGAUUGGCAGGAUCAAAGCGAGCGAUGCUGAUGUGGGAGAAAACGCACAGAUUGAGUACAGCAUCAUGGAUGGUGAGGGGCAGGAUGUGUUUAAUGUCAUCACUGACCAGGAGACCCAAGAAGGGAUCAUAACUGUCAAAAAGCUCUUGGAUUUUGAAAAGAAGAAAGUGUAUACCCUCAAGGUGGAAGCCUCUAAUCCCCAUGUCGAACCCCGGUUUCUCUACCUGGGCCCCUUCAAAGAUUCAGCCACUGUGAGAAUCGUGGUGGAGGACAUAGACGAGCCUCCUGUCUUCAGCAAACUGGCCUACGUUCUCCAAAUACGAGAAGAUGCUCAGAUCAACACGACCAUAGGCUCAGUCACAGCUCAGGACCCUGACGCCGCCAGGAAUCCUGUCAAGUAUUCUGUGGACCGACACACAGACAUGGACAGAAUAUUCAACAUUGAUUCUGGAAAUGGUUCGAUUUUUACAUCAAAACUUCUUGACCGAGAAACACUGCUGUGGCACAACAUUACAGUGAUAGCCACAGAGAUCAAUAAUCCAAAGCAAAGCAGCCGAGUUCCUCUAUAUAUUAAAGUUCUAGAUGUCAAUGAUAACGCCCCAGAAUUUGCUGAGUUCUAUGAAACAUUUGUCUGUGAGAAGGCAAAGGCAGACCAGUUGAUUCAGACCCUACAUGCUGUCGACAAGGACGACCCUUACAGUGGACACCAAUUCUCCUUCUCUUUGGCCCCUGAAGCCGCCAGUGGCUCCAAUUUCACCGUUCAAGACAACAAAGACAACACUGCAGGAAUCUUAACUCGGAAAAAUGGCUAUAAUAGACAUGAGAUGAGCACCUACCUCCUGCCUGUGGUCAUUUCAGACAACGACUACCCAGUCCAAAGCAGCACUGGGACAGUGACUGUCCGGGUCUGUGCAUGUGACCACCAUGGGAACAUGCAGUCCUGCCAUGCGGAGGCCCUCAUCCACCCCACGGGACUGAGCACGGGGGCUCUGGUGGCCAUCCUUCUGUGCAUCGUUAUCCUACUAGUGACAGCGGUGCUGUUCGCGGCCCUGAAAAGGCAGCGGAAGAAGGAGCCGCUGAUCCUGUCCAAGGAGGACAUCAGGGACAACAUCGUGAGCUACAACGACGAGGGCGGCGGCGAGGAGGACACGCAGGCCUUCGACAUCGGCACGCUGCGCAACCCCGCGGCCCUGGAGGACGGCCAGCCCCGCCGCGACGUGGCGCCCGAGGCGCGGCUGCUGCCGCCGCGGACUCCGCCGGCCGCCGACAGCGCGGACGUGCGCGCCUUCAUCCGCGCGCGGCUGCGGGAGCACGACGCCGACCCCGCCGCGCCGCCCUACGACUCGCUGGCCACCUACGCGUACGAGGGCGCGGGCUCGCCGGCCGCGUCGCUGAGCUCGCUGGAGUCGGCGGCCAGCGACGGCGACCAGGACUACGACUACCUGGGCGACUGGGGACCCCGCUUCCAGAAGCUGGCCGACCUGUACGCGGGGGCGGACAGCGACAAGGACGCCUGACCCGUUGCCUUUUAUUGUUCGUUUGUUUGUUUUUUUUUUUUAAUCAUUAUUAUUUUUAUUAUUAUUAUUAUUUUUAUUAUUUCCCCGUGUGACACAGAAAUCCGUGCAAGUGGCUCUUUCUUUCUAUUUCUCCCACUAUUCAGGGUGCUCCGGGACGAGGAGGGGGGCGGUGCCCGGUUCCAAAGCCAAUGGCUGCAGCAAGUCCGCCUGGAUCCAACGUUAAAAGUCCUUUUAUUUGUAUUAUUGUUGCUUCUUUUUUUUUUUUUCUUUAAUUCCUGGUACAUUUUUAUGAGCUUCCAAGAGGCAAGUUUUCUUUCUUUCUUUUCUUUUCUUUUUUUUUUUUUAAACUUUUUGAGUUCAUCCAGUGUAAGCAAAGGCCCCCGGUGGGCGGUGGAGAGGGCAGCUUGGGGUGAGGGGGGACCUCACCCCGAAUGCUGGUCCUGGGGGUGUCUGUUUGCUGCCGUCAACUGGGCCAGCCCCCACUGCUCCAACUCCGCGUUCCACGUGCCGGUGGGGGAAGGGCGUGGGCACUCAUGAUGAAAAUACAGUUUUAGUUAAAAGAAAAGGGAGGAACAACGGGGGAGUCGUUCCUGGUAGAUCAGCUCACAAGGAGAUAAUAAUAAACUACACAAGACUAGGUGAGGGUGUGCAUGUCCGUCAAUGAAUUUAAAGUGACAGUGCACCAUCUUACUUGUACUUUAAGAACUGUUUCCCGUACCACCUACUAUUUGUAACAUUGAAGCCAUAGGGUUUUUUGUUUUUUGUUUUUUGUUUUUUUUUUUAUGAUUCUCACUUCUCUUAAGGAAUGGAAGUAAAAUGAAACGGUCAUGUUCAAAGGUAACCAGUCAUAAAGAAGUAAGACUGCCUAUUCGUAUUUUGAUAUAUAUAUAUGGACCAUGUAAAAGCUUGCCAUCACACCAAAUAAAAGAGCAAAGUAGCUUUAAAUUUAACAAAAAAAAAAAAAAAAGUUAACGGAGGCAACAUUUAGCAUAUUUUAAAGUUUGGGCCACCAAA